UUGCGGCGAAGCAGCACAGCAAAAGCGAGGAUGCCGGGUAUUUACGUCAUUUGGAGUUGCUGAGUCAGAAAACAAAAUUAAGGGGUAAUUAAAUUACAAAACCCGGUUAUUCGGGGUUUUAGAAUCGACAUUUCAGGUAUCGAGGAGGAAGAAACCUCGAGAGACAGACGACUUCCUCCUCUUACCUUUCUUUUUCUCGUUCUUCUUUAUUCUGCAGUUCAAAAUUAUCGAAAAGCUUAAAGAAAAACGUCUGAGUUAGUUUGUGGAUUUGCGCACGGGAUUGAGGAGGUAGGAGUUCGGUUGGUGGCGGGGACACGGGUUAUUAUCUACUCUCAGAUUAUGUUCUUGCUGUGCUCACUUGACCUGUUCUCGUUGGAUUCUAUGAUGUAGCCUAGGGUUUUGGGGAUCGGCUUUGAGUUCUUGAGGUUUUGAUUGUUGGUGAAUUGAUGCUUGAAGGAUGAUAAAAUGAUUCAAGCUGAGUGGAGCUCUAGUAAUAACGCUGUUGAAUUUGCUCUCUCUUAUUUUUGGUUGUGAAUUCCUCGGUAUUGCAUGCAUUUGACAAAGUUUAGUCUCACCUUUGGCUAAAUUCAGGUAUUGAGGGUCACCCGUUGGUGCAUUAAUUUAUAUGUGGUAUUGAUAAAGAAAUAGUUCAUUGGAGUAUAAUGGCAACAGAGAUUCCUGUGAGGCUAAUUGGAAGUAAUGUUGUUAGAAAUUGGCCCGCUAGCAUGGAUACUGCCUCAUUUUCUGGGAACCAAAGGUUUACUGCCCCUAGCCGAAGUGGCAGUGCUCCUCCCAGCAUGGAAGGUUCUAGUCUAGCUAUUCGUGAUUUAGGAGGACAGCAGAAUGCUGAGUUGAAUGCCAUCCUUGAAAAUUUGAACAUUGGGUUUGAAAGGCGUCAGUCUGAAGAGCAGCUUCGUGCUGAUCCAGCUUAUGUAGCUUAUUACCACUCCAAUGUUAAUUUAAACCCAAGGAUUCCCCCUCCUCUUGUCUCACAAGAGAAUCGUCGCUUGGCACACCAUAUUGGUGACAAUUGGAGAAUUCCUUCUUUGGAUGAUGGAAACAAAAGAUAUUUGCCUGCAUCACGUCUUAUCCUUUCUACCCAUGCUGAGGAACAUGAGGAUGAUAGGUCACCUGGGUCAGAAUUUAGUAAUGAUACUGCCCUAAAUACUUCUGGCACUGCGUCUGGACAGUCAACAUCUCCUUUGCCGGGUUGUUAUAAAAGUAUCGUGGAUUUGAUUCAGGAAGAUUUUCCCAGGACUCCCUCUCCUGUAUACAACAGUCAACCUCGUACCCCGAGUCUAUUGGAGCAGACACAGACAACUGAUGCUGAUGCUUGUGACAACUUGCUUGAUGAGUUUAUGAAUACUAAGGUCAAUUCUAUUCCUUCGGUUACAAAACGACAUAGUGACCUUUCUGCAGUUUCAAAUGUGUCAUCCAACAUUCCCUCAUCCUUAGAUAAAUGUAGGCUUCAGCCGAGCCAGAUGGAUUUAAAUACGGAAAACAGAAUAGAAGCUGGUUCAAGUACCAGGAAUAUGAUAAACGAUUUAAAAAGUUUGAAGCUAUCAAAUGAUGUUCAUAGAAAUCAUGCUCCAAGACAAAACCAUCACCAAAGUAGCCUGCAAAGCGGAUCUUCAAUUCCGGUUCAUCUUGGUCAGUCUCAGAUGACUAAUCAAGCAAGUCAGAGCCCCAAUUAUUCGGAUCAUUAUCUUCACAGUCAGUCCAAGUUAUCUUCUAUGGAAGUGCGUCCUGUGUUGCCGUCAGCUGGGAUUGUACCACCCCUUUACGCUACUGCUGCAGCCUUUGCAGCACCGUAUUACCCUAAUCUCCAACCAUCAAACUUGCUUCCUCCACAGUUUGGUAUUGGUGGAGUCACUGUGAAUGCUUCGCUUCUGCCACCCUUUUUCUCUGGUUAUCCUUAUAAUGCUAUUCAGAUUCCUUAUGAAAAUUCCACUGGCUCUAAUUACAAUGUGAGGGCCUCUGGUGCUUUCUCCAGAGGAAAUGUUAUUCCUGGAUAUUAUGGACAAAUUGGGGUUGCAACUCAACAUUCAUAUUCUGAUCCAUUGUAUAUGUCCUAUUUUCAGCAUCCUUCAGCACAUGCAUAUUCUAGUCUAGGUCAAUUUGACCCAACUGCUCCAAGGGGAAGUGCUGUUGGGAGUUUGCCAGUUUUUGAUGCACAGAAAGGUUCGUUACCUUUUGCUUAUUCAUCUGAUCAGAGCCCUCAGGUCCUGAGAUCUGGAGUUGCAAACUCUCCUAGUAUCCGGAAGGGUGGAGCUGCAAAUAUAAAUUUUUAUGGGAACUCCGCGAACCUUAGUUCCUUGAUGCAAUAUCCUUCCUCUCCUCUUACCAGUCCCCUUUAUCCGGGAUCACCCGCGGCUAAUUCGGUGACUCCUGGCCGGAGAGGUGAGAGCAAUAGGUCACCUGGAAGCUCUGUUAGGGCUGGGGGGACGUAUACUGGAUGGCAAAGUCCAAGAUUACAAGAUAAAAUUGAUGAUUCAAAAUUACACUCAUUUCUUGAGGAGUUGAAAUCCAGCAAAUCCCGUAGAUACGAGUUAUCUGACAUUGCAGGACGCAUUGUUGAGUUCAGUGCUGACCAACAUGGGAGUCGAUUUAUUCAGCAAAAGUUGGAAAGCUGUAGUAUUGAAGAGAAGGCAUCUGUGUUUCAAGAAGUUCUUCCGCAUGCUUCAACAUUAAUGAGUGAUGUAUUUGGGAAUUAUGUUAUCCAGAAGUUUUUUGAGCAUGGAAGUCCUGAGGAAAGGAAGGAACUUGCAAAUCAGCUUGUGGGGCACGUCUUGUCAUUGAGCCUUCAAAUGUAUGGCUGCCGAGUGAUUCAAAAGGCACUUGAAGUAAUUGAACUUGAUCAGAAAACAGAGCUUGUAUAUGAGCUGGAUGGGCAUGUUUUGCGAUGCGUUCGGGAUCAAAAUGGAAACCAUGUAAUUCAGAAGUGCAUUGAAUGCGUGCCAACUGAGAGAAUUGGAUUCAUGAUUUCUGCUUUCCGCGGGCAUGUUGCUUCGCUCUCUAUGCAUCCCUAUGGUUGCCGAGUUAUUCAGAGAGUGUUGGAGCAUUGUACUGAUGAGCUGCAAAGUAGUUGUAUUGUGGAUGAGAUUUUACAUUCGGCUUGCAUUCUAGCUCAAGAUCAGUAUGGAAAUUAUGUGACUCAGCAUGUUUUGGAGAGGGGAAAACCACUAGAGAGGAGCCAAAUCAUCAACAAAGUCUCUGGUCAAGUUGUACAAAUGAGCCAGCAUAAGUUCGCUUCCAAUGUUGUUGAGAAGUGUUUAGAGUAUGGUAGCUCCACUGAAAGAGAACGCUUGAUUAUGGAAAUAAUUGGCCAAACUGAAGGGAAUGACAAUUUACUGAUUAUGAUGAAGGAUCAAUUUGCAAACUAUGUGGUUCAGAAGAUUCUUGACGUAUGUACAGAUAAACAAAAGGGGCUUCUACUUAGUUGCGUACGGUCUCACUCACAAGCUUUGAAGAAAUAUACAUAUGGAAAACACAUUGUUGCUCGGGUCGAGCAGUUGUCCGGUGAUGGAGAAGAAAGCCCUUCUUCUGAUUUCUGAGAAAGCUCGGGGAGGUGUACAUUAAGAUAAUUGUACCUGUAGGAAGAAUCACUGGGGGGCCCACUUGAGGGUCUGAGGCCACUUGACUCCAGUAAAGCGUUCGUUUAGAUGACACUCCACCGGGUACCCUCCCUGAGGAUGAUCACUCAGGUAUAUAUUCGACUUGUGUUGUAAAGGCAGUAAAUAUCUUUUAUAUUUAUAUUGUAUAUUUCUGUAUGGUAUGGUAUAUAUAUUGUACCUGAUAAAAUUAAGGUCAGCUUCCCUAGUGUUAAUGGUUUCUCCCUAUUGUUUGCUUAGCCUGAUGCGUUGGCAUGGAUGGAUUGAGGGCAAUACUAGGUUUAUUAACUCUCUCUCUCUCUCUCUCUUCA